AUGUCAACGAAACAUUUUUAUCUUCUAGGCGAGGCGCCCUCAACAGCUAGAGAAAUCGAACUUCCGCCUGCUGUAGACUUUGAGGAGCUCCAGAACAUUGUCGCAUCUCACUUUGCCAUCGUCAAGCCAAACGGCGUCGGCUUUGUUCACGAUGACAAAAGGCUCAAUGCGGUAUCCGAAGUCCUAGACAAAGACGAACUAAUCGCAGUCUCUGUCAACGGCAAUGCUGUUCGCGAUGUCCCCGGCCCAGCUGGCAUCCCAUACUUCGGCAACUACCUCGAAAUCUACCCCGAUCAUCUCGGCAACCACCAGCGCCUAUUCGAGAAAUACGGCCCUUUAUUCGUCACAAACAGCAUGGGCAACCGCCUCUACCAGACCAACAGCGCCGAGCUCUCCAACAUCUUCCUAGCUGAAGACCACUACUUCACAAAGGAUAUUGUCCCCGGGCAUCCCCUCCACCCAAUCAAGAACCAAGAAGCAGGCGUCUUUCUAGCUGAUACAGACACAGAGCAAUGGCGUCUUGCUCAUAAAUUCCUCCCUCCUGCACUUGGACCAAAGGCAGUUCGUCAUUACGCUCCUACGAUGCAGCGAACGGUAGAGCAGUCCUAUAAAGUCUUCGAUGAGCUUGACGAAAAGGGUGAGGCGUGGAAUGUCUACCAGUAUAUGCUGAAGCUUGGAUCUCAGGCAGUGGGGAAGCUUGUUCUAGGUAUGGACUUUGCGCAUUUCGAAGAGGUGGACGCGCCGCUGCACGAGAUGGUUCUCAAGAUUGCGGAGAACUUGGAGCUGAAUAAGAAAGUGUCGUCAAUGGGAGCUUGGUAUGCUAAGAUGCCGUUUGGUGAUCCAAAGAAGGUUAGGGAUACGACGGCUAGAAUCAUGGAGAUGAUGAUGGAGUCGAUUGCUAGAGCGUCCAAGGGAAAGGAGGAUCUGGAGCUCCAGGACGCAGCGCUCAAGGCUGAGAAUGUUGUUGACUACUUCCUCCGAGCCAAGGACAACAAAGGUAGCAAGCUACCGCCUUCCCAAUUCGCCCCAACCCUACUCGUAGCUACAGCCGCCGGCUUCACCACCACCUCUUCCUUGCUAUCCUGGUUGAUCUACAGUCUCGUCAAGUACCCAGGCAACCAAGAACGUCUUCUCCAAGAACUCAUCGACAACGACUGGGACGACGAUACCCAAGUCACAGCCGAGACAACCAACAAGCUCAGUUUCCUCGAUAAGUUUAUCAAGGAAACCCAGCGUCUGCACAAUCCCUCUUUCCAGCCCGCUCGCACCGCCAAAGUCGAUAUGAUACUCCCAGGAGGCUACAGACUUCCCAAAGGCGCAGUAGUCAUUUCAGCACUACACCACAUGCACAACAACAAGGACGUAUGGGAGAACCCUGGGCGCUUUGACCCUGAUCGCUGGGACACAGAACAGGUAAAGAAUCGACCUCCCGGCUCUUAUAUCCCAUUCGCGACAGGACCAAGAAUGUGCGUCGGCUUCAACUUUGCUCUGCAGGAGAUCAAGGUGUUUUUGCCGAAGCUUGUUUAUCGGUACAAGUUCAGCCUGGCGCAGGAUGGGCCGAUUGAGUAUGAUCCGUACUUCCAACUGAUUCGGCCGAAUAAUCUAUAUAUUCAGGCGGAGAAGCGGGUGAAAUGGCCACCAAAGUCUGAGUGA